AUGGCGUCUUUUGUUACCUCUUAUGGCAUUGAGUCUGAACCUGCCACUUCCUCCUCUGUACCCGUCACUUCCUCCUCCGUACAAGGGCCACACCCAUUCCGUCUCAUCGAACUUUCAGAGAUUCGCAAAGCAACAGAAAACUUUGAUGAAUCAUUAGUAAUCGGGAAGGGAGGUUUCGGGAAGGUUUACAAAGGUAACAUGAUCAAUGGAGAAAGUCUUCUUGUUGUUGCGAUUAAACGUUUGGCUUCCGAGUCACGUCAAGGGGCAGCAGAAUUUGAAGCGGAAGUUAAAAUGCUUUCUACAUUGCGCCACCGUAAUAUUGUGUCCUUGAUUGGUUGUUGUAUUCAUGAACAAGAGAAAAUACUUGUGUAUGAAUACAUGUCCAAAGGAUCACUUUCUGAUCAUCUCCAUAAACGUGGUACCUCUCUUUCUUGGAUUAGGCGACUCAACAUAUGCCUAGAUGCAGGCCGUGGGUUAUCAUACUUGCACAACAAUGUCGCAGUCGACUAUGGUGUUAUACAUAGAGAUUUCAAGAGCGAAAAUAUUUUAUUACAUGAAAGCUGGACUGCAAAAGUUUCCGAUUUUGGGUUGUCAAAAGCAUGCCCAACGAACCAGCUAUCUGAUUAUGUUAAUGCAAGUUGCAAAGGGACUUUUGGGUAUAUGGAUCCCAGUUUUUACUAUUCUGGAAAACUUACAAGGAAGUCCGAUGUAUUUGCUUUUGGGGUGCUGUUGCUGGAAGUGUUGUGUAGGAGGCGUGCAGUGAGUAAGAAUCUUGGUGAGCAGGAACCACAGGGUUUGGUGGCAUGGUUCCAAACUAAGAAAGAAGAGAAUUUAGAUUAUAUAGUAGAUUCAGAGAUAAGGAGCGAAAUACACCGAAAAUGUUUGGAGCAAUUUAUUAGACUUGCUGAGAAGGGUGUGCCUAUUGGCACACUAAAUGCCUGA